CAUCAUCAUCAGCAGCAGCAAGCGUACGGUCAUUGGCCCUUGCUUUGGCUGCGUGCGCUCCGUGCGGCGAAACAGGCCGGUGUCCGCAGCUGCUGCAGGCGACGAAGAAAACGGUGCGAGUUUCGGACGGUCCGCUUGGGCCCCGUCACAUCCCUCGUUUUUGUGUCGCACCCGUAACCACAGGACGUCCGAAGGUCCUGUUUACCUUUUGUUGCCAUAGGACUAAGACAGUAAACGUAAGCAAGCUAUGCCUGUGAUCACGGAGGUUGAUGAAGACGUCCCACCACGAGUGGGUCCAAAGGGAGACGGCCCGGACGAGUCCGCAGCUACUGAGGUCGGCAAAGGCGACGGUAGUGAAGAGACUUCGCAGUUGCCGCCUUCGCGACCGGUGAAAAUCGACGGCUCAGGGGAUGACGACGACGACGACUCGUCGAGCUCGGACAUGCCGCCGCUGGAGAGCUUUGACGCCGCCGACGAAGAGCCCGACAAGGCGACCAAGAAGAAGGAAAAGAAAAUCGUCAUCGAAGACGAGGAACCCGAGAAGGAAGUCGACGAGGACGGCUGGCUAGACGUCCUCGGAAGCGGCGAACUCAAGAAGAAGGUGAUCAGGGCAGGCCUGGGCAAAGACUCCAGGCCGCAGCGGUCCAACUGGGUUGUGCUGAACGUGAAAGGCACCCUAGAAGAUGGCACUGUCUUCGAGGAACACAAAGACUGGCGCAUCAUUUUGGGCGACAUGGAAACUGUCUGUGGUUUGGACAUCACGCUUGCCCUCAUGGAGAAAGGAGAAAUCGCCGAAAUUGUGGUCCCUGCCAGGCUGGGUUACGGAGACCAGGGAAGGGAGCCAGAUGUGCCCCCCAAGGCAAAGCUGCACUUCCACGUGGAACUGCUGGACACCUAUCCUGCCAAAGAUGAGACUGACUUGCCUUUCCAAGAACGCCUCUCCAUUGGUGACGCGAAACGUGAGAGGGGAAACUUUUGGUACAGCCGUGGCGAUUACUCUAAUGCAGCCCACUGUUACAGGAGGGCAUUGGAUUUUCUUGACGACAUGGGUCUGAACCUAUCAGAGUCGCCCGCUGACCUCCAGCUGCUGCUGGAUACACGGUUAAAAGUCUACAACAACCUAACAGCAACGCAGAUGAAGAUGAAGGCCUAUGAAGCAGCGCUUAAGUCGGUGGACUUUGUUCUGAAAGUUCAGCCUAACAACGUCAAGGCAUUGUACCGGAAGGGAAAGAUACUGGCGGACCAAGGCAAUUAUUCCGAAGCCGUUUCUGUAUUGAAGAAAGCCUUGAAGCUGGAGCCUGAUACUAAGAUCAUCCAGCAGGAACUCUCGCGACUCAUGUGGCACAAAGAAAGGGAAGACCGCGUCGAGAGAGCCAUGUACAAGCGCAUGUUCGGCGGAAGUGACAGCUGCGACACCAAGGAAUCAAGCAAAGGCUCUCGCUUCGGCAAGAUUCGUAACUGGACGUUGGUCGUGGGCAGUGCGGUGGUGGCAGCUGCGGCUGUUGGCGUUGCCGCCUAUCGCCACCUGGGUGCCAUAUGACAGCUGCCUCCUUGGGGAACGCCCCGCACGUGAAAAGAGCAGCACACCCACCUUGACGCAUGCGUCUCCUCUCCGUGCACUGCAUGCAGUUGGACUGCGGUAUUUUUGUGUGAGUGUGUCCAACGGCACCGGCAUGACGAUCAGGAUGAUGAGACCACUGGCCUCUUCUGCCUGCCGUCACGGCACAACUUGUGAUGGCAACUGGUGCUUGUUGUCGGAUUUAUUCUUUUGAGUCUUCUUAGGUUUUUAUUCUGUAGAUUUCCCGCCUGUUGCUGUCUGGUCUUGAGGUCAUGAAUUUUUUUUUUACUGUUAAAUGCUUUUGUCUUGUUUUGCACCAUUGUUACUGCUUCACCAUGCCUGAGGUCUGAUGUACUGGUUGAGUUUUCUUAUUUUUUUUUGUUUAUGCAAGAGGUUAGCUCCUUCUUAUUGAGGUAAAUCCUAGUUAGUGCACCAUUGUUCAAGCCCAUAGUAUUCGCAUUAGUGAAACCUGUUUUUUCUCAUAUUUUUCUGCUUCUCAACCUGUUGUAACAGCAAUACCCCGCCAUUGUUAUGUUGAGUGUGAAAGGUUGUUUAAUAAAGUGUUGAAGAAGCACCUUUAAGCAACUUCGGCAGCUUUAGCUGUAUUGCUUAUGAACCACACACUGGCUGUCACAUGACACCGUUAUCGUCACGUGAUUCCAUCUGAAGUAGUGUUCCUGUAGAUGCCCCCCCCCCCCCGCAGGGAGCAGAGUUGCACCUGUCUUUUUUUUGUGCAGCUCGCGCCGCUACUGGGAAAGUACUAUAACAUGGGAAAAAACGACAUCAAAUAUUCCACUGUGCCAUUCAGAAGCUAACUACAGAUGCAACAUCUGCAUUCCACCGUGGGUAUCUAUAUAUCGCGCAUGGAAUUGUGGAGGCUGCAGUUCCACUCUGCUAGUUGCCGUGUGUAGCAGAGUGGUGGCGCCACCAUACCAACGCACAAGGCAGACACGCACUCUUGCAUCAGUGUGCUAAACUUGGCUCCUGCGCAAGGAAGGAGUGACACUACUGCAUAGCUUUCGAGCAAACAUGGUGGAUCUAUGUGCAACUGAUCCCUGCAGGAGCAUAUACAGGGACACUAAUCUCAAUCACUAUUGCAAGGGCUGUUCGCAUCAUGGGCCAUCAGCGUAAAUUCAAACGCGAACCAACUGGAAGCAACUAGGCUGUGUUAUUCCAUGUUCUGGUUCACCUGCUGCAAUAACACACGCUUAAUACAAGCUCUGCUGUGAGCAUUUGGACCAAUGCCCUGUUAAAUAAGCUGGCCACAGAACAAUUUGAUGCAGUGCUCGAUUGUGGUUAGAAAGGGUGAACGCUUCUGUUAGUCUUGUUCGUAUUUGGAGUUGCAAUGAUCAUACGUAAUGCGUGUCGGUGUAUAAGUUAAAUUGUGAGUUGAGUGAUCUCAUAUUUUUUUCUGCAUCUGAAAUACUGCUAGCUCUUGACAAGCUUACAGCUCUUUCUUCCCCGUUGAAGUGCCCAGAUUUCCUAUACACUCUGAGGUGGCCUUUCACGCACAUUUCCUGUGCUUCUUACGUAAACUGCACUUUUUUAUAUCAUUGUGAGUGAACAUGUUGAGAUGCCAAAGCAUUUAGAUCCCUAGCAUUGCACGCCGUUCGAUUGAAGUGAAGAGUUGUUUUGUGUGACCAUUUGCGGUAUCCACCACUUGGUGCAUAGUUCGCCUACUCGUAUGACAAUUAUUGUCAAAUCUACUUUUGACUUGGUUACUGUACUGCAAGGAACUUGUUUUUUGUGCUUGGUUGGACUUCGAACACAGGAGUGCCUUCAGAGGCUUUAGUCUUGUAAAAGAUUGUAAUUAAGAGGCUGAUUUUGUUCAAAGCUCGCGUGUAACUUCGGUACAUUUAUCACCGUGAAUGUCGUUGCAUGCAAGCCACAAAAUUAUUGUGAGCCUUUUUCUGUUCGCAUUCGAUGAGUUAUUGCGAGCAAUUGUGCUCACCUGCUGAGGCAGAAUUGUCGAUAAUUGGUGGAGAGCUUAUGCUAAUGUUUGCUGAGGUUACUCAGUUAGUCCUGUCAUUGUCAGCUUUGGGUAGUAAGCACGUACUUAAGAAAAUGCUCUCCUCUAGUACUUGCGGUUUCAGCACUAACUAUAGCUCCAACAAAGAAACCCUUGCAGGGUGCUCACAAUUUUGCGGCAAUUUGCCUGCAGCUUAGCUUAUGAAACUGAAGGCAGUGUCUUCUUUUGCCCUUCUAAACCACAUUCUGUACUCUGGUAUGACAAUUUAAGACUGAAAAUAUGGGCCAAUCACGAAGGCACUGCAAUAUAACAGACCCUAGGUCAUGUGACUUCAACUACAUUUACUUGCGUACUAUUAGAACUCAUUAGCACUAGGCUAAAUUAUUGCCCAAUAUUGGCCAAAUAGUGGCUAAUAUUUGCUAUUGCUAGCUAUCUACUGUUAUAACACCUAUAUUUUUUUCAUUCUAUCUCGAUCCAGUGAUUCAGGUAUCUACUUUUUUUUUUCUUUGCUUUCCUCGUGCUUUCCUGCAAGCACUGUAAGUUUUCUUGUCAUUGUGCGAUACAGCUAAUUUCUUUUGUCUGUCACUGUGAUGUCAAUUUGGAACAAUUUGUUAUUACAAAGCAUCUAAGAAUGUAUCUUUUGCACAAGUGCCUCUGUGUUUAAAACAAAGAAAGCUGUCAUCGCUAAAUGUUCAACAUUAGGCUAUCACCAUACAUUUAUAAGCAUUCCAACGGAUGUUAGUGUGUAUGUACAUGAACGAUCAUGGUGUUGCUUUGUUAUCCUCUCACUUCAUUUUUUUUUGUGUGAAAAGGGGUUGAAUGUGAAAUCUUAUUAUAGUGUUAAUAUAUGUACAGUGGCGUAUUACCACACGUUGGACUUGGUGGAAAGGGCUCGAACAAAGCUCUUGCCCAGGCAUCCUCUAUGACUUGUUCAUAAAGCUUCUUGUUCAUAAAGUUUGUUUGCCAAAACUGUUCAAAUAAAACGUUUCAUUUCUGCA